AUGUCUGCUCGAAGGAUAUCUGAAGUCAAAGUCGACCUACUUCCCAAUCCUGAAUAUCUUGACUUUCCACGAUCGGACGGUUCUCCCUCCGUCUGGCCUCAGAACACCACUCGCGUUAUUGACCAUGAAGGUCAUGUAAAUUUCAUGCAACCUGUUGGUUUGGACGCGUCUGUGGCUGUGAGAUGGAGACUUCAAGCUGCCAGUGCAAUCGCUAUUGAUAUGGGAAUGGCUGAGGGUUCUAACUAUGUUUUGAGGACGUGGCCUCAUGGAUAUUGCAUGUACGAUCACAACAAAGGUCCCGCGAACGGAAAUAUUAGGCACGAUAUCUAUCUCUACGGUUCCAAACACAAAUUUCGCUCCAUCAACGAGUUCAUUCCGCACGCUAUCUGGCUUAUGCGUGAUCCAACCAUGAAUCCGAGUAAUUGCGCUUGCAAGUACUGUUCGAAGAAAUCGCAAAAGGAGAUCACUGCUGCUAUGAGCGAUAUUCUCCAAGCCCGUUCGACAUCUGGCAUUGCAUCUCCAACAUCCUCUCGAAUGAGACCUUCACGCGACAAGUUACCAAAAGCGAAAGACUUUCAUAAACACAUACGAGAACAGAGGGCUCGCGAUCCAAAGGUAUACGCCGCCGUGCAAAAAGCGCUCAAACCUUUGAAACCAGGGUCGGGUGUUUUGAAGCAGCCUAUGCUUGCCGAACGCAAUUCAGAUCUUAGAGCUAUAUGCUCCAAGACCGCGAUGAAUCUCAGACGGUGGUUUAGAGAGGGAGAAAUGGUUUGGUGUGCACUGGAGACUCCUAUUACACUUCCCGACGUCGAUGGGAUCAACAUCCGAUAUUGGCCCGCUUUGGUCGAGCAAGUCAAGUUGAAAACCGUACCUGUGCGCCGUGAAGGCGAUGUUUUGACACAACCAAUCGCCUCGUCGUCCUCAUCUCAACCGGAAGGACACCAAGAUGAUGGGACGGGUAGGGGGAUAGUCAUAGAGGAAAGGAACGAUGACCCGCCAUUGCCCUGGACGGUGAAGCAAUCAACAACCUACAAAGUCCAACUUCUUGCCGUCUCGCACUCGUAUACCAUUGCCGAUGAACACGUAUUGCCAUAUCAAGCUCAUCUGCCCUCAACUCAACUAAUUGCAGCCCUGCAACGCUUCCCUCCUGAGAAUCUCGAAUUCAACCGAGAGCAACUAUCCAAAUUCAAUCCAUGCGCUCCUUCAACAUCUUUCAAGGACGCUGUCGCUCCAUAUGCGAUGGCUGUCCAGAUUGGCUCUCUUCUCUCCGGAUUUUGGUCCUUCACCGACGAAUGGGAAUUCAAAUACACCACACCUAUCCAACCGACGCCAUUACAAAAUUCGAUCCAGGCCGCCAUUGAGGCAACUGGGCGACAUAAUGCCCAAACUAAUGCACUUACCAACAACUCCUCACCUCCAUUCUAUACAAAAAUCACUACAACAAAUCCUAAUAUGACACCCUCCGAGGCGCAAGCUGCCGCAACACAGGUCCUUGGAGUGCCACUCUCGUCAGGGUUGCCGGACUCAUUUACUCAAAUACGAUUCCAGGGCCUCUGGUGGGGAGCUGAAAGAAUAUGGGUGGAUGACUUCGUUCGCUUGAAGUCUCCACGCCGCAGUUUGGCGCCCAAAGGAGCGCAGAACAUUCUCCCCCCAGCAGGUCCUGGCAAAGAUACUCGUGAACUCUGGAUAGCGCAAGGGAAGGAGCCCGACGAUGUAUUUAAUGGUGCUGGAGGUCGGGGGGUUUUCUUGAAAUUGGAUGGGCUUUUUGUUGUGGACACUCCGAAGGAGGGCGGGUUAUUGAAGAAGGAGGGCAGGGCAUCUGGAAUGCUCUAUGAACUUGCGGAAUUGGACUGGGAGGAACCUGGUCAGCCAACACCGCAAGUCAAUGGUCCGCAUACCAACGACUCAGCAUCUUCUUCGGGGUCGUUGCCCUGGAGAACGACGUCGCAAAACGGAGAUUCCUCUCUACCUUCAACAUCUUCCCCCAAUCUACCUAGCCCCAAUACUCAGCAAUGGGAUCCUCCUGCAUACCUGCUACCGAAAGCACCUGUGGGGUACAAGUUCCGUCCUAUUCUUUCACCGGGACAUGAAGCUGUUGUAAAUUUGGGGCUCAUCAGCGGACGAUAUUAUCCCGAAAUUUUGGAUCAUCCUCACUUGAGGCCACUAGUUCAACAAGCGAUGGAAAGCGGAGGGGUCAUGCAAUGUAACAACCUCUGGGCACUAGAAGGAUUGUCUGCUGGAUACCACAAUGCUGUUGAUCCAACGUCUUACAAGAAAAGCCGGACGGACAUGGUGCAGGAUGCGGACAAACUAGCUGGCACCGAGUUGGAGGAACACAAACAACAAAGGAUAUCAAAUGGGGACGUGGCGAUGUAUGAGGAAGAAUAUGAACCCCGAGAAGAGGCGGACACGGAAAGGAUGGACAUAGACGAUUGAGUAUGUAUAUAAUAUAAUUGAGCAAGUGCACUGUC